GCCAGGCGGCGGCGGCAGCGACUGGGGAUUCUCCGGGUGAAGCUUUAUUCUAAGACUAUUUCAUCUAGUUUGUGAAGUCAAAUUACAUUGACUCUAAAUGUUAACAAAGUGUUAAAAGACUGCUUGGUCAUGAGCACAGACAGUAACUCAUUGGCACGUGAAUUUCUGACCGAUGUCAACCGGCUUUGUAAUGCAGUGGUUCAGAGGACAGAGGCCAGGGAGGAAGAGGAGGAAGAGACACACAUGGCAACCCUUGGGCAGUACCUUGUCCAUGGGCGAGGAUUUCUGUUACUUACCAAGCUAAAUUCUCUCAUUGAUCAGGCGUUGACGUGCAGAGAAGAACUCCUGACUCUGCUUCUGUCGCUGCUGCCCCUUGUGUGGAAGAUACCUGUUCAGGAGCAGCAGGCAGCAGAUUUUAAUUUGCCAUUGUCAUCUGAUAUAAUCCUGACCAAAGAAAAGAACUCAAGUUCACAUAGAUCUACUCAGGAAAAAUUAUGUUUAGAAGGAAGUGCCCCAUCUGGUCAGGUUUCUACAAAAGUAAAUGCUUUUCGAAAAAGCAGACGACAGCGUAAAAGUACCCAUCGCUAUUCUAUAAGAGAUGCUCGAAAAACACAGCUCUCCACCUCUGACUCAGAAGGCAACUCAGAUGAGAAAAGCACGGCAGUGAGUAAGCACAGAAGGCUCCAUGCACUGCAGCGUUUCGUAACCCAGUCUCCUGAAGACCACCUCUCACCUAGACUAAGCUCCUUUGUAACCAAAGAGCAGGUGUCUCCUGAUACCAUGGCUUUGAGAAACUCCACAGAGACUACUCCGAGGCAGGAGUCAAGCACUGACAUUUUAAGUGAACCAGCUGCCUUGUCUAUUCUCAGUAACAUGAAUAAUUCUCCAUUUGACUUAUGUCAUGUUCUGUUGUCCUUAUUGGAAAAAGUUUGUAAAUUUGACAUUACUUUGAAUCAUAAUUCUGCCCUUGCAGCCAGUGUAGUGCCGACACUGACUGAAUUCCUAGCAGGCUUUGGGGACUGCUGUAAUCUAAGUGACAAGCUGGAGAAUGAAGUGGUUUCUGUAAGUUGGACCGAAGAACCCGUGGCUUUAGUUCAGAGGAUGCUCUUUCGAACAGUGUUGCAUCUCAUGUCAGUAGAUAUUAGUGCUGCAGAGGUCAUGCCGGAAAGUCUUAGAAAAAAUUUAACUGAAUUGCUUAGGGCAGCUUUAAAAAUUAGAACUUGCUUAGAAAAGCAGCCUGAUCCUUUUGCACCAAGACAAAAGAAAACACUACAGGAGGUCCAGGAGGGCUUUAUGUUUUCCCAGUUUCGUCAUAGAGCCCUUCUUUUACCUGAGCUUCUGGAAGGAGUUCUACGGAUCCUGAUCUGUUGUCUUCAAAGUUCAGCUUCAAAUCCCUUCUACUUCAGUCAAGCCAUGGAUCUGGUUCAAGAAUUCAUUCAGCACCAAGGAUUUAAUCUAUUUGAAACAGCAGUUCUUCAAAUGGAAUGGCUAGUUUCAAGAGAUGGAGUUCCUCCAGAGGCCUCACAACAUCUGACAGCCCUAAUAAAUAGUGUGAUGAAAAUCAUGAGCACUGUGAAAAAAGUAAAAUCAGAGCAACUUCAUCACUCAAUGUGUACGAGAAAAAGGCACAGACGCUGUGAGUAUUCUCACUUUAUGCAUCACCACCGAGAUCUCUCCGGACUUCUGGUUUCAGCUUUUAAAAACCAGCUUUCCAGAAACCCCUUUGAAGAGACUGCGGAUGGAGAUGUUCAUUAUCCCGAGCGGUGCUGCUGUAUUGCAGUGUGUGCUCAUCAGUGCUUGCGCUUGCUGCAGCAGGCUUCUUUGGGCAGCACCUGUGUCCAGAUUCUAUCAGGCAUUCAUAGUGUUGGAAUAUGCUGCUGUAUGGAUCCCAAAUCUGUAAUCAUCCCUUUGCUGCAUGCUUUUAAAUUGCCAGCACUGAAAAAUUUUCAGCAGCAUAUAUUGAAUAUCCUUAACAAACUUAUUUUGGAUCAGUUGGGAGGUGCAGAGAUACCACAGAAAAUUAAAAAAGCAGCGUGCAACAUUUGUACUGUGGACUCUGACCAGCUGGCCAAGUUAGAAGAGACACUGCAGGGCAGCUUGUAUGCUACCGAACCUGCCUCGGGUGCACCCAGUCCUUCCUACAGAUUUCAGGGGAUCCUGCCCAGCAGUGGAUCUGAAGACUUGCUGUGGAAGUGGGAUGCAUUAGAGGCUUAUCAGAAAUUUGUUUUUGAAGAUGACGGAUUACAUAGUAUACAGAUUGCAAAUCACAUUUGUAACUUAAUCCAGAAAGGCAAUGUAGUUAUUCAGUGGAAGUUGUACAAUUACCUGUUUAAUCCUGUGCUGCAAAGAGGAGUUGAACUAGCACAUCACUGUCAACAUCUCAACAUUACUUCUGCUCGAACUCAUAUGUGCAACCACCUGAAACGGUGUCUGCCGCAGGAAGUGCUUCAGGUUUAUUUAAAAACUCUGCCUAUCCUGCUUAAAUCCAGGGUAAUAAGAGAUUUGUUUUUAAGAUGUAAUGGAAUAAAUCAAAUAAUUGAAUUAAAUUACUUAGAUGGUAUUCGAAGUCAUUCCCUAAGAGCAUUUGAAACUCUGAUAAUCAGCCUAGGGGAACAACAGAAAGAUGUUUCAACCCCAGGUAUCGAUGGAUCACACACUGAAGAGAAGGAGCCCUUGUCCUCAAAUACAGGGGCCCCUUUUCAUGACCAUCAGGCUUAUUCAGAUUCUCCUCAAAGCCUCAGCAAAUUCUAUGCUGGUCUCAAAGAAGCUUAUCCAAAGAAAUGGAAUACUGUUCACCAAGAUGUUCAUAUCAACACCAUAAACCUCUUCCUCUGUGAGGCAUUUUUAUGUGUAAGUAAAGAAGCAGAGUUGGAUAGGGAGUCGGCCAAUGAGUCAGAAGAUACUUCUGGCUAUGACAGUACAGCCAGUGAGCCUUUAAGUCAUGCGCUGCCAUGUUUGUCUCUUGAGAGCCUCGUCUUGCCUUCUCCUGAGCAUAUGCACCAAGCAGCAGACGUGUGGUCCAUGUGUCGUUGGAUUUACAUGUUGAGCUCAGUCUUCCAGAAACAGUUUCAUAGGCUUGGUGGUUUCCGAGUGUGCCAUAAGUUAAUAUUUAUGAUAAUACAGAAAAUAUUCAGAAAUCAUGAAGACAAGCAAGGGGAAAGGCAGGGAAAUAUAAAUGUAAUUGAAAACCAAGACUUGGUCAGAACUUCUCAACAGGAGAAAGCAAGGAAGGAAGAUUUGUCAUCUCUGACUACAACAAAGGACCACACACCACCUGAUCGGGGUAGUCUGAAAAACAAUGCUGACAGUGUAGGUGAAUUAGAAUCACAGUGUAUUUCUUCCAUAAACAUGGAGCCUAUUUCAUCUACUGAAGCUACUCCUGAGGAAGCAAAGGUGUUUAGGAGGCGAGAAAGUGAGACCGCACUUCAGAGCAUACGACUUUUGGAAGCCAUUCUGGCCAUUUGUCUUCAUAGUGCUAGAAACAGUCAACAAAAGAUAGAAUUGGAGUUACCUAAUCAGAACUUGUCUGUGGAAAAUAUAUUGUUUGAAAUGAGGGAUCAUCUUUCCCAGUCAAAAGUGACUGAGACAGAAUUGGCAAAGCCUUUGUUUGAUGCCCUGCUUAGAGUUGCCCUGGGGAAUCAUUUAGCAGAUUUUGAACAUCCUGAUGCUGUGACAGAGAAGAGUCAUCAGUCUGAGGAAGAGUUGUCUUCCCAACCUGGAGAUUUUUCAGAAGAAGCUGAAGGUCCUCAGUGUUGUAGUUUUAAACUUCUGGUUGAAGAAGAAGGUUAUGAGGCGGAUAGUGAAAGCAAUCCUGAGGAUGGCGAAACCCGGGAUGACGGGGUAGAUUUAAAACCUGAAGCAGAAGGUUUCAGUGCAUCAGUCAGUCCAAAUGACUUGAUUGAAAAGCUCACUAAAGGGGAAAUAAUAUAUCCUGAGAUUUGCAUGCUGGAAUUAAAUUUGCUUUCUGCUAGCAAAGCUAAACUUGAUGUGCUUGCUCAUGUAUUUGAGAGUUUUUUGAAAAUUAUCCAGCAGAAAGAAAAGAACAUUUUUCUACUCAUGCAACAGGGAACUGUGAAAAAUCUUUUAGGAGGGUUCUUGAGUAUUUUAACACAAGCUGAUUCUGAUUUUCAAGCAUGCCAGAGAGUACUGGUGGAUCUCCUGGUGUCUUUGAUGAGCACAAGAACAUGUUCAGAAGAACUAACCCUUCUUUUGAGGAUAUUUCUGGAGAAAUCUCCUUGUACAGAAAUUCUUCUUCUGGGUCUUCUGAAAAUUGUGGAAAGUGAUGUUACUAUGAGCCCGUCACAGUAUCUGACCUUUCCAUUGCUGCAUACCCCAAGCUUAAGCAAUGGGGUCUCACCACCAAAGUGUCCCGGGAUCCUAAACAGCAAGGCCAUAGGCUUACUGCGAAGAGCACGAGUUUCACGGUCCAAGAAAGAGGUUGACAGAGGAAAUUUCCCACAUCGGCUGCUUUCCUCUUGGCACAUAGCCCCAAUCCACUUGCCAUUGCUGGGGCAGAACUGCUGGCCACACCUAUCAGAAGGUUUCAGUAUCUCAUUGUGGUUUAAUGUGGAGUGUAUCCAUGAAUCUGAGAGUGCCACAGAGGAAGGAAAGAAGAUAAAGAAAAGAAACAAAUCCUUGAUUGUACAAGACAGCAGUUUUGAUGGAGCAGAGAGCGAAAAACCAGAAGGUGCAGAGUAUACAAAUCCCGGUGAAAGACUCAUCGAAGAAGGCUGCAUCCAUUUAAUUUCCCUGGGAUCCAAAGCGUUGAUGAUCCAAGUGUGGGCUGAUGCGCACAAUGGCACUUUUAUCUUUCGUGUAUGCAUGGAUUCAAAUGAUGAUAUGAAAGCUGUUUUACUAGCACAGGUUGAAUCACAGGAAAAUAUUUUCCUCCCAAGCAAAUGGCAGCAUUUAGUACUCACCUACCUCCAGCAGCCUCAAGGGAAAAAGAAUGUACAUGGGAAAAUCUCCACAUGGGUCUCUGGACAGAGGAAGCCUGAUGUCACUUUGGACUUUAUGCUUCCAAGAAAAACAAGUUUGUCAUCAGAUAGCAAUAAAACAUUUUGCAUGAUUGGCCAUGGCUUAUCAUCUCAAGAAGAGGUUUUGCAGUUGUCUGGAAAAUGGGACCUGGGAAAUUUGCUCCUCUUCAAUGGAGCGAAGAUUGGUUCACAAGAAGCCUUUUAUUUAUACGCCUGUGGACCCAAUUAUACAUCCAUAAUGCCGUGUAAAUACGGCAAGCCCGUGAAUGACUGCUCCAAGUAUAUUAAUAAAGAAAUUUUGCGAUGUGAACAAAUCAGAGAACUUUUUAUGAAUAAAAAAGAUGUGGAUGUUGGUCUCCUAAUUGAAAGUCUUUCCAUUGUUUAUACAACUUAUUGUCCUGCUCAGUAUACCAUCUAUGAGCCAGUGAUCAGACUAAAAGGUCAGGUGAAAACCCAGCUCUCUCAAAGACCCUUCAGUUCAAAAGAAGUCCAGAGCAUCUUGCUAGACUCUCCUCAACUAAAAAACCUCAAGCCUACUGAGUGUAAAACGAUUCAAGGCAUUCUGCACGAGGUUGGCGGAGCUGGUAUCUUUGUUUUUCUCUUUGCUAGGGUUGUUGAACUUAGUGACUGUGAAGAAACUCAGGCAUUGGCACUGCGAGUCCUGCUCUCCUUAGUUAAAUUCAACCAACAGAGAGCUCAUGAAUUAGAAAAUUGUAAUGGGCUUUCUAUGAUUCAUCAGGUGUUGAUCAAACAGAAAUGCAUUGUUGGCUUUCACAUCUUGAAGACCCUUCUUGAAGGUUGCUGUGGGGAAGAUGUUAUCCAUAUCAAUGAGAAUGGAGAGUUCAAGUUGGAUAUAGAGUCUAAUGCUAUAAUCCAAGAUGUUAAACUUUUAGAGGAGCUACUGCUUGACUGGAAGAUAUGGAAUAAAGCAGAGCCUGGCGUGUGGGAGACUCUGCUCGCAGCUCUGGAAGCCCUCAUCCGCGCAGAGCACCAGCAGCAGUGGUUUAACACGCAGCAGUUGCUGAAAGCCCGGGCGGUGCACCACUUCCUGCUAAUGUGUCAGGUUCUGCAGGAACACAAAGAGGGGCAGCUUACAUCCAUGCCCCGAGAGGUUUGUAGAUCAUUUGUGAAAAUUAUUGCAGAAGUCCUUGGAUCUCCUCCAGAUUUGGAAUUAUUGACAAUUAUCUUCAAUUUCCUUUUAGCAGUUCACCCUCCUACUAAUACUUACGUUUGUCACAACCCCACAAACUUCUACUUCUCUUUGCAUAUAGAUGGUAAGAUCUUUCAGGAGAAAAUGCAGUCAAUCAUGUACCUGAGGCAUUCUAACAGUGGAGGGAGAUCCCUUGCUAGCCCUGGAUUUGUGGUAAUAAGCCCAUCUGGUUUUACUGCUUCACCACCUGAAGGAGAUAGUUCCUCCACUGUUAUUCCACAGCCGAUGGCUGCCCACUUGCUGCGUUCCAGAAGCCUGCCAUCAUUUCCUACCUGUCCACAAGUGCAGCCACUAAAACUGACUGGAAGUUUGGGUUGUAGUAUUGACAAGUUACGAAACAUUGUAGAUAUGUAUGUUGCUGCCCAGCCAGAGACACAGAACCCUUUAGAGGAGUUCAAUGUGCUGAAAACAGGCAAAGAGGAUGCACUCAUCAGUAGCUGCGAGUCUGCCAAAACUGUCUGUGAAGUGGAUGCUGCUUUCACAGCCCACAACUUUGCCAGUGUUGUCCCAAAAGGAACACUGGGAUCUCCUGUGGUCAGAGUAGAUCACAAAGACCUAGGAGCAGAACCCCGGUCAGAUGAUGAAAGCCCUGGGGAUGAGUCCUGCCCACGCCGACCAGACAACCUGAAGGGACUGGCCUCAUUCCAGCAAAGCCACAGCACCAUUGCAAGUCUUGGGCUAGCUUUUCCUUCACAGAAUGGAUCUGCAGCUGUGGGCCGGUGGCCAAGUCUUGUUGACAGGAACACUGAGGACUGGGAAAACUUUGCCUUUUCUCUUGGUUACGAGCCAAACUAUAACUGUGCUGCAAGUGCUCACAGUGUAACUGAAGACUGUUUAGAACCUGUCUGCUGUGGACUGUAUGAACUCUUAAGUGGCGUUCUUCUCAUCCUGCCUGAUGUGAUGCUUGAGGAUGUGAUGGACAAGAUCAUUCAAGCAGAUACACUUUUAGUCCUCGUUAACCACCCUUCACCAGCUAUACAACAAGGAGUUAUUAAACUCUUACAUGCAUAUUUUAAUAGAGCAUCUAAGGAACAAAAAGAUAAAUUUCUGAAGAAUCGUGGCUUUUCCUUGUUAGCCAACCAGUUAUAUCUGCAUCGAGGGACUCAGGAAUUGUUAGAAUGCUUCAUUGAAAUGUUCUUUGGUCGACAUAUUGGCCUUGAUGAAGAAUUUGACCUGGAAGACGUAAAGAACAUGGGACUUUUUCAGAAGUGGUCUGUCAUUCCUAUUCUGGGACUAAUAGAGACCUCUCUGUAUGACAACAUACUCUUGCAUAAUGGUCUUUUACUUCUUCUCCAAAUUUUAAAUUCUUGUUCUAAGGUAGCAGACAUGUUGUUGGAUAAUGGUCUGCUCUAUGUGUUAUGUAACACAGUAGCAGCUUUGAAUGGAUUAGAAAAAAGCCUUCCUGUGAAUGAAUACAGAUUGCUUGCCUGUGACAUACAGCAACUUUUCAUAGCAGUGACGAUUCACGCAUGCAGUUCCUCGGGCUCACAGUAUUUUAGAGUUAUUGAAGACCUUAUUGUACUCCUUGGAUAUCUUCAAAAUAGCAAAAACAAGAGGACACAAAAUAUGGCUAUUGCUCUGCAGCUUAGAGUCCUCCAGGCGGCCAUGGAGUUCAUAAGGAGCACUGCGAAUCAUGACUCUGAAAGCCUUCCUGAUUCAGUCCACUUACCUUCUGCCCCCCAUCAUGUUGUGUUUCAGAAGCGGAGGAGCAUUGCUGGUCCUAGAAAAUAUCCCCUGGCUCAGACAGAAUCUCUUCUGACAAAAAUGCGCUCAGUGGCCAGCGACGAGCUCCACACCAUGAUGCAGAGAAGAAUGAGCCAGGAGAGCCCUAGCCAGGCCACUGAGGCAGAGCUCGCCCAGAGGCUGCAGAGGCUCACUGUCCUAGCAGUCAACAGGAUUAUUUACCAAGAGUUUAAUUUAGACAUUAUUGACAUUUUAAGAACUCCAGAAAAUGCAACUCAAAACAAGACCUCAAUUUCCCAGACUGAAAUUUCUGAGGAAAAUAUGCAUCAUGAACAGCCUUCUGUUUUCAACCCAUUUCAAAGAGAGAUGUUCACCUACCUGGUUGAGGGAUUCAAGGUAUCUAUUGGUUCAAGUAAAGUCAAUGGUUCUAAGCAACAGUGGAUUAAAAUUCUAUCAUCUUGUAAGGAAACCUUCCGAAUGCAGCUUGGAAGACUACUUGUGCAUAUUUUAUCACCAGCCCACACUGCACAAGAAAGAAAGCAGAUAUUUGAAAUAGUUCAUGAACCAAAUCAUCAGGAAAUACUUCGAGACUGUCUCAGCCCAUCCCUGCAACAUGGAGCCAAGUUAGUUUUGUAUUUGUCAGAGUUGAUACAUAAUCACCAAGACGAGCUGACUGAAGAGGAACUAGACACAGCAGAACUACUGAUGAAUACUUUAAAAUUAUGUGGUCACAAGUGCAUCCCUCCCAGCACACCAUCAAAACCAGACCUUAUUAAAAUGAUCAAAGAGGAACAAAAGAAAUAUGAAACUGAAGAAGGCGUGAACAAAGCUUCCUGGCAGAAAACAGUUAAUAAUAAUCAGCAAAGUCUCUUUCAGCGUCUCGAUUCAAAAUCAAAGGAUAUAUCUAAAAUAGCUGCAGAUAUCACACAGGCAGUGUCUCUUUCCCAGGGAAUUGAGAGGAAAAAGGUGAUCCAGCACAUCCGAGGAAUGUACAAAGUUGACCUGAGUGCCAGCAGACACUGGCAGGAGCUCAUUCAGCAGCUGACACAUGAUAGAGCUGUCUGGUAUGACCCCAUCUACUAUCCAACCUCAUGGCAGUUGGAUCCCACAGAAGGGCCAAACCGAGAGAGGAGACGUUUGCAGAGAUGUUACUUAACUAUUCCAAAUAAGUAUCUACUGAGAGAUAGACAAAAAUCAGAAGAUGUGGCCAAACCACCACUCUCUUACCUGUUUGAAGACAAAACUCAUUCCUCUUUCUCUUCUACUGUCAAAGACAAAGCUGCAAGUGAAUCUAUAAGAGUAAAUCGAAGGUGUAUCAGCGUUGCACCAUCUAGAGAGACAGCUGGUGAAUUGUUGUUAGGUAAAUGUGGAAUGUAUUUUGUGGAAGAUAAUGCUUCUGAUACAGUUGAAAGUUCGAGCCUGCAGGGAGAGUUGGAACCAGCAUCAUUUUCCUGGACAUAUGAGGAAAUUAAAGAAGUUCACAAGCGUUGGUGGCAACUGAGAGAUAAUGCUGUAGAAAUCUUUUUAACAAAUGGCAGGACACUUCUGCUAGCAUUCGAUAACACCAAGGUUCGCGAUGAUGUGUACCACAGUAUACUCACAAAUAACCUACCAAACCUUCUGGAAUAUGGCAACAUUACUGCUCUGACAAACCUGUGGUAUACUGGACAAAUUACCAAUUUUGAAUAUUUGACUCACUUAAACAAACAUGCUGGCCGAUCCUUCAAUGAUCUCAUGCAGUACCCAGUGUUCCCAUUUAUACUUGCUGACUAUAUUAGUGAGACCCUGGACCUCAGUGACCCCUCUAUCUAUAGAAAUCUCUCUAAGCCUAUAGCUGUGCAGUACAAAGAAAAAGAAGAUCGCUAUGUGGACACAUACAAGUAUCUGGAGGAAGAGUACCGCAAAGGAGCCAGGGACGAUGACCCCAUGCCCCCAGUGCAGCCCUACCACUACGGCUCCCACUACUCCAACAGUGGCACUGUGCUCCACUUCCUGGUCAGGAUGCCGCCUUUCACCAAAAUGUUCUUAGCUUAUCAAGAUCAAAGUUUUGACAUUCCAGACAGAACUUUUCAUUCUACAAAUACAACUUGGCGCCUCUCAUCUUUUGAAUCCAUGACUGAUGUGAAGGAGCUUAUCCCAGAGUUUUUCUAUCUUCCUGAGUUCUUAGUCAACCGUGAAGGUUUUGAUUUUGGUGUGCGUCAGAAUGGUGAACGGGUUAAUCACGUCAACCUUCCCCCAUGGGCACGUAACGAUCCUCGCCUUUUUAUCCUCAUCCACCGGCAGGCUCUAGAGUCUGACCAUGUGUCCCAAAACAUCUGUCACUGGAUUGACUUGGUGUUCGGGUACAAGCAGAAGGGAAAGGCUUCUGUUCAAGCCAUCAAUGUUUUCCAUCCUGCUACGUAUUUUGGAAUGGAUGUCUCUGCAGUUGAAGAUCCAGUUCAGAGACGAGCCCUAGAGACCAUGAUAAAAACCUAUGGGCAGACCCCUCGUCAGCUGUUCCACACAGCCCAUGCCAAUAGACCUGGAGCCAAACUCAACAUUGAAGGAGAACUUCCAGCUGCUGUGGGGCUGUUAGUACAGUUUGCUUUCAGGGAGACCCGGGAGCAGGUCAAAGAAAUUACCUGUCCGAGCCCUUUGUCAUGGAUUAAAGGCUUAAAGUGGGGAGAGUAUGUGGGCUCCCCCAGCGCUCCUGUGCCUGUGGUCUGCUUCAGCCAGCCCCAUGGAGAACGGUUCGGUUCUCUCCAGGCUCUGCCCACCAGAGCAAUCUGUGGUUUGUCCCGAAAUUUCUGUCUUCUGAUGACUUACAGCAAGGAACAAGGUGUGAGAAGCAUGAACAGUACUGACAUUCAGUGGUCGGCCAUCCUGAGCUGGGGGUAUGCUGACAAUAUCUUAAGGUUGAAGAGUAAGCAAAGUGAGCCGCCAGUGAACUUCAUUCAGAGCUCACAGCAGUACCAGGUGACUAGUUGUGCUUGGGUACCUGACGGUUGCCAGCUCUUCACUGGGAGCAAGUGCGGUGUGAUCACGGCCUACACGAACAGAUUCACCAGUAGCACGCCAUCAGAGAUAGAAAUGGAGACUCAGAUACACCUUUAUGGGCACACGGAAGAGGUGACCAGCUUGUGUGUUUGCAAACCGUACAGCAUCAUGAUAAGCGUGAGCAGAGACGGAACCUGCAUCCUGUGGGACUUGAACAGACUGUGCUAUGUACAAAGUCUGGCAGGACAUAAAAGCCCUGUCACAGCUGUCUCUGCCAGUGAAACCUCAGGUGACAUUGCUACUGUGUGUGAUUCAGCUGGUGGAGGCAGUGACCUCAGGCUCUGGACAGUGAAUGGGGACCUCGUUGGACACGUGCACUGCAGAGAGAUCAUAUGCUCCGUGGCCUUCUCCAACCAACCUGAGGGGAUAUCCAUCAAUGUCAUUGCUGGGGGACUAGAAAAUGGAAUUGUGAGGCUGUGGAGCACAUGGGACCUAAAGCCCGUGAGAGAAAUCACAUUUCCCAAAUCAAAUAAGCCUAUUGUGAGCCUUACGUUUUCUUGUGAUGGCCACCACUUGUACACAGCGAACAGUGAUGGGACGGUGAUCGCCUGGUGUCGGAAGGACCAGCAGCGCAUGAAGCAGCCCAUGUUCUAUUCCUUCCUCAGCAGCUAUGCUGCCGGGUGAACAGAGGGAGCUGUGCGUUCUCCAGAGCACCUCAACUCCAGGGGGAUGGUCGGCUUCACCAGGGCAGGAAGGAGGCUGAGCCUGCAGAAAUAGAUGACUAGGCACACCCUUCAAAUAACCACACACCUGUUCAUCUGCACAGAAUCCCAAAGCCUCCCUGGGCCCUGAGAGGCAAGUCCCGUCCUCAUCGAGGGAUGCUGCGGGAGCUGCGUGAUGCGUACCAGCCAGCCGGGCGAGGGCUUGCGUGGUACAUUAAAUCAUGUUCUCAAAGUGUUUUCCUACCAGGUAUUCUGAAGAAAAAAAUCAGGGUCUCCCUUCAAAAGGGCCAAUAGAAUUUCAAUUGGCUAGCUGGUUAUUUAUAUAAGAUACUCUAAAAAUUAUAUUUGAAAAGUUUUCUGCCUUGAUAUACCCUCACCCCCGACACACCCCAAAAACUGGAAAGAGAAAAAGAUAAUAUAUUUCAGGACUCAAUAAUUGCUUUCUUUGAAAAGCAGGUAAUUCAGUAGGUGCCUCUGCACCAAGCAUUCUGUGGACUAUUGGAAUACUAAGAGGAAACUCCUAAUGAAUCUCAACUUCAGACAGUUUUUGCUGGUUGCCACCUCAGCUCAAGGGAGAAACAGAAUUUUUCGAAAGCCAUGAACAAAAAUAUGGUCAUCUUCAAUUUCAGACAUGUCCUGUUUCUUCAUGAAAUUUUUACUUAAAACCCAUAACACUAGAUAUUGAACAUCCUUAGCUGAAUCACUGAGGAUCAAACACAAUGGUGAAUCUUUUAACAUCUGCCGUUAGCAGUGCCAUUUACAGAGCUUUGAAACCCUCCCCAUGUGCAGGGAAGCCUCUGCUAUGCAGGUGAGCACAGGCAUCAUGCAGCUGGGGUGAAGCAGCUCACCCAAUCUGCAGCUUGGACCGUCUUCCCCAGAACAGAACCACAGAAGUAAAGGAGACAGGUUGCUGUCCUUUAAACAGAAGCAGAGUGAUUCUUUAGGAAGCCAUUUUCACUGCGUUGCUAAUAACCUCUGCCACCUGAAAAUUCUAGGAACAGGAGAAAACUGUUCCACAGCAGACUUACACAACAUGAAGAUGCAGUGCUAAACAUUUUGGAGUAGUUCAUCUCUGCCAUGCAGUGACAGCUAUAUUUUACUUGCGGUGCUGCUUUAGUGGCUUCAAAAACUGCAAAAUAGGCUCAAAAAUAUGUUACCAUGGGAUAAAAAUGUAUAUUCCUGCCUGAGAAUAACUUGCACAUUUGUUUCAGAAAUUUAGUUCACAUGAUGUUUACAGAACUGCUUUUGUAACUUCCAGACUUUCUAAAAUAUUCUGCUUAAAAACCAUAAAAUACAAUUCCAGAGUCUCUGCUGGGAGCUAGGCACAGGGCAAGGCCCGUGGCCCUGUGCACUUUCAACCUCAAACUUAGCGGCUACAUUGAGGUCAUGGUUUGCACAAGCCAGGUGUCCAUUCUGAGGUCCACGUGAGUGCAGAGAUGAGACUAUUCCUAUUCACAUUGAAGUGAUUUGCUUUGUUUAAAAAAAAAUUGCAGCUAUUGUCUAGCUUCCAUUUUUUUUUUACUGAGAACUUUAAAUUACUCUCCUAUUAGAAUAGGGUUGCUACUUGGUCUUUUGUUUUUAGUGCUGGAUUUCAUCAUUUAUCUAAAAAGUCAAUAUGCAAAAUAACUGGUCUUGUUAAGAGUGCAAUAUUCUAUUUUUAUGUAAAAAUAAAAAUUAAUUGGGGGGAUUAUUUAUUCAGCAUGGAACCUAAUAUGUAUAUGUUGGAAACACUUCCUAAUGUGCAUGUUGUAGCAAACAUUCCUGUAAAUUAUCACAAGCUCUGUUAUCUUUGUAUAUACUGCCACUUCAAUUUGGGAAUAAAUUUCAUAAAAAUAGAUUUAAAUACC